GUUUUACACACAUACAGAACACGUCCUCUCCAGAACGCUCCAGUAUAAAACACUGUUCGUGCACAGACGAACUGCCAGUGCAGCAACCAAUCUUCAAACCCGCGUUCAGCGCGGCUGGACAAAUGGGCCGUAAAUCGGCCGAGCCUGCGCAUAUGGAGGAAGAGGAGGAGCAUGUUGACCCUGAGCUUAUAGAGGGAGACGUGGUCGACGAUUUGGAAGGCGAAGACCUCGAGUAUGGGAGCGAGGACGGAGGUGAUGAAGACGACGGCGGUGACGACGGCGAGGAUGACGACCGGGUGCACACGGUGCUUGAGGACGACUCGUUUCACUGCUUUGACGGGCAUCAAGACGCGGUGGUAUCGGUAGCCUGGAACCCGGCCCAGCCGGAUGUGGUGGCCACGGGCGGUUGCGACGACGCGGCCUACCUGUGGCGGGUGGGUCAGGACGCCUUCGAGGCCAGCGCAGGCAGCAUGGGCACACACGAGCUGAGCGGGCACACGGACACGGUGGCGGCACUGGGCUUCAACGCGGCCGGCAGCAUGCUGGCCACAGCUGGCAUGGACGGGCUGUGCAAGCUGUGGGACGUGGCGGACGGGCGGCUGCUGCGCUCGCUGGAGGGCAGCGGCGGUGCGCUGCAGUGGAUGACGUGGCACCCGCGCGGCGACGUGGUGGUGGCGGGCACGGACGACUUCAUGAUCUACAUGUGGAACGCCGCCAACGGGGCGGUGAUGCAGGUGUUCAGCGGCCACUGCGGCAUUGUGAGCGCGGGCUGCUUCACGCCCGACGGCAAGUCGGUGGUGAGCGUGGGCGGCGAGGACGACGCCAGCCUGCGCGUGUGGAACCCCAAGACCGGCGAGUGCUCGCUCACCAUCCAGGGGCAUCCCUUCCACACGGGCGGCAUCAACUGCGUGGGAUUGCACAAGGACGGCAACGGCGCGGCCAUCACCGGCGACGAGGACGGCAUUGUGUGCAUCUCCAACAUCGCCACUGGGCGAGUGGGCGGCCGCCUUGUAGGUCACGAGGACUCUGUGGAGGCUGUGGGCCUGUCUGCACACCUGCCGCUGGCUGCCUCGGCCUCGCUGGACGGCACGUUGCGCAUCUGGGACUGCGGCACACUCAGCCAGCGCGGCAGCUGCGAGCACCCCUCGUCCGUCACGCGCAUGUGCUGGCACCCCACGGAGCCGCUCGUGUUCACGGCGUGUCUGGACGGCGCCUCGCGCUGCUGGGACCUGCGCACUAACAGCUGCGUGCGCACGUACGGCGGGCAUGAGGACGCGGUGCAGGACAUUGCCAUCAGCGCGGACGGGACCAUGCUGCUCACGGGAUCUGACGACGGCACUGCGCGCGUGUACAAGGUGAAGCCGUGAGGCGAGCAGCUUGCGUUGAACGGCGAGUGAGGCAGGAGCGGCGAGUGGAGCAGGAGAGGCGUGUGUUGCACAGUCGGCGUGGUGACAACGGUUUGGUUGGGUUUGGUGAUGUGUUGUUAAGACAGGCGCUCAUGCUGUAGCAUAUUGUGCAGUUUCUGUUUGUAUAUCAUGCUAUGUGGUCACAACUGCGUGUGUUUUAUUCUUUCGCAUGCGCGUGCACCGGUGCAUCACAUUAUGGGCGCGGCGCGGGGCUCUGCGAUAUGCACGCGACCAAGCACAUAUCUGCUGUAGAUAACGGUGCAGCGUCAUAACAGUCUGAUGUAGGAAGACGAAGGGAUUCCGGCGGUGGCGGCGGCCCCUGAUUGUAUGUUGUCGCAAGUGGGGCAAGCCUGACACGCGGCGUCUCCCGACUCCCUUUGAAGGAUUAAGGAUUACCAGGCAUGCGUAUAAACACGCACGCGCAUUGUAAAAUACAUUUGAG